AUGCCGCAGCAUUCACAGUUUAUUGAUUUUGGUGUAGAGCUAGAAUUGAAGGAUGGGAAGAAGAUUAUUGGUAAGAUCAGUAAGGCAUCAACAAAAGGGCUAUCGCUAUACGACGUUGAGUUCGGUGAUGGUACCUUGUCUCCAUCCUUUAAAGUGAGAGCAUCAAGACUGAAGGACCUACGGGUUCUUAGUGUUGCAAACAAAAAGAACAACGGUAACGGUCCGAACAUCAAUAACAACAACAAUAACGCAACGAGAAAGAACAAGAAUGGCAGUGGCCAGAAUAAUGUGCAUGUGAAUGGCAAUACGAUAGAGUGGCAAGGUGAUGACGUUAAGAUGAUCAAAGAGCAAGAAGAUUUUGAUUUCCAAGGUAACUUGAAUAUGUUCAACAAAAAGGAUGUCUUUGCCAAACUGAGAGAGCAGGACGAAAUUGACCCAUCGAAUAGACUAGUUUCACACAAUAGGAAACAAAGUGGGACUUCCUCUCCUUUCAAGGAAAAGUAUGAUAUUGAUGAGAUGGUUAUUCCAAAUGCCAAGGAUGAUUCUUGGAAUAAAAUCACUGGGCAGAAGCCUGAAGGGAAGCAGUAUGACAACGUUAAAAGUGGUUCCGAAUCAGAAAAGGCUACUGAAGAGUAUGACUCAGACGUUGAGUCGGACUCUCCCGACACACAAUUGGAACAUUUGCCAGUCACAAACUCCAUAAAUAUAACACAUCUCCUUCAUUCAGCCGUUGAGGGCGACGAGAAGAGUAAAAGCCAGGAAGAACUACUAUCAAAAUUGCAAAAAAUGAUUAUCAGUCAAACAAGUCAAAAUAGCAAGACACCUCGGUCUAUGCCAUUCAACCUCACGCUUAAAAAUAAGAAAACCAAACAAUCGAUUCCAAUGGCCACACCGGUUCAACUUCUGGAGAUGGAAAGGUUAGCACAGGAGAAUUUUGACAUUUCAAUCAACUCUCUCAACGAUAUUUUUGCGUUGAAUUCAUCAUACUUUAUCAAACAGAAACUGGGAGGUGGUUUGAGAUUGACCUCGGGAAACUCUAAUCCGGAACCGCUAGUGGUCAUAUUCGCAUGCGAUUCAAACAGAUCGGGCUUGAAGGCACUGACUUUAGGUAGAUUCCUUUGUCAGAAUCUACAAGUGCGUGUAAUCACUCUGUUCACUAGUGCAAACACAUAUCACCAGAACGAGAAGACUAGUAACCGUGGCAGUCGUAGCAACCGUGUCAAGGGAAGCAACAGCGAUGACAAUUCGGAUGAUGACGAUGCUGCUAUCAAGAGAAGUACAGACAUGUUUGUUAAAUGCGGUGGGAAAGUGGUCAACUCAUUGGCAGCACUAGACAACAUUUUAAAGAAGCUGAACAGUCCGAUCGAAUUGAUCGUUGAUGCUAUGCAAGGGUUCGACUGUAAUUUAAUUGACUUUGAUAAUAACCAAAGAAGAAUCACGGAUAUGGUAACAUGGUGUAACGACAUGAUAGCGAGAAGGAAUAUAAAGAUUGUUUCUAUUGAUAUCCCAUCUGGGUACGAUGGUGGCUCAGGGUUACAAAACUUUACUGUGGCUCUGAAUAGGGUGGACUACAUAUUGUGUUCGUACACCUGGCCAUUGACCAGCCUCCACGCUUUGAAGAACGUCAUCAAGUGUCAGGAGACGGAAGAAACAGUUAUCAUGGUGGACUGUGGGUUCCCAAAGAACGUCUACCUGCAAAGAAACUCCCUACGCAAAUUCCACAACGUCGACACAUUUGUGAACCGUGGAUCCAUCGCUUUGACUUUGUAA